CGUUGUCCAACAACGGUCGCCAGUUUCUUGAAUUGUGUUGUAAACGACGGUUUGUGAAACGUACUAACGAUAUCGUUUCACGGUGUUGUUAUCGUUAUAGUUGUGGUGUGAACGGGCCUUUAGAGUGACUCCUUAUGGAAGUGACUAAGUUAGUGGUGUACUUCUGACCUACAUGAAGAGCACACUAGAAGUCUGUCAUGACUCAGAUCGGAUAGAGACGCUCCCAAAGCCUCAGAACAUGCAGCGGCACGCAGAUCAUGCUGAGGAGAAACUGCCCGUGUGUUUGUGUGAGAGGGAGAGACCUUCACGAGCGUUACGGCGAUCCUCAGCUUCAGAGCGUGACAUUCCUGGACAUGGAUUUCACAUCAACUUGGGCUUGAUGAAGAAAGAAAAAUGUAAGGGUCCAGUGAAAGAGGAGAUGAACGAGCUGAACUGAGGGGAAUCAAACACAACUGCACAGGCUGUCAGGAUGUUCCUGAGGAAGAAGAAGAAGAGGAGGAUGGAGAUCUCCUCGCCCAAGAACUUCGAGCACAGGGUGCACACGUCCUUCGACCCGGUUCAGGGCUGUUUUGUCGGUCUGCCGCCCCAAUGGCAAAGCAUCAUAGAAACGCUCAAGAGACCCAAACCUGUGGUGGAUCCGUCCAGAGUCACUCAGGUGCAUCUCAAACCAAAGAAGAGCAUCGUGCGUGGCAGUUUCAUCGGACACGAGGACUACAUUUCUGCUGCGAUCGCUCAGAUGAGUCGACUCUCUGUUACCAGCUCAAACUCGUUAAGGAGAACCAGCCCAUCUUUGCGGAAAAGAGCGCAGUCUCUGGGGCGUCUGGGUGAGUUAGCCGAAGGAGAGACUUACGAGUAUCAGGAACUGAAUGAGGCGAACCGGAGAAACGGUCAGUCGGUCUUGGACUGGCGCACCAAAUCCCGACAGGUCCAGAGUGAGAGUGGAAGUCUGCAGCCUGAUCUCAAGAAGAGCUUCACCUUAAACCCCAAUGAUUCACGGGCAAGAUCUAAAUCAAUUCACGAAGCAACAAUGUUCACGGAACAACCGGUGCUCAUGCCUCGGGACAUUUUACUCUCACCUAGAACUGUUCCUGAACGGCUCGGCAUUGCUAAAAUGGACGGUAAAUCCGUCCAGAGACCUGUGUCGUGUCUCUACAGCACAUACAGUGAAAACAAUGGAGCAAAACUGAUCUCAGAACAGCCGAAGAUGGAAACGCAGAGGAGGCCACAGUCCACCUACAACUUUAAGGUGAAUUCACCGACCUACGCAGCCAUUUCCAAACCCAACGGCACUAGUAGUCCAAAACCAGGGCAUGGAUUAAUCGGCCUCCAAAGCACACGUCGUUCUUCCAACGACAUCCCGGACGGCAUUUCUCCCAACAAAACCUCUGGGAUUCCAGCCUCAGUACCACCGACCCAGGACAGUCCUUCCCAACCCAGACCUCCACCGACAGGCUCGCCUGCGAGUCCUGCCGGAGCCUCCUCGCCCUGUCUGAGACCGUCCCAGACGCCCGCCAGUAUCCCGGAGCAGCCCAAAGUCACACACGAGCAGUUCAAAGCCGCCCUGCAGAUGGUUGUGGACAAUGGGGAUCCUCGCUCUUAUCUGGAAAGCUUUGUGAAGAUCGGAGAAGGAUCCACGGGUGUGGUUUGCAUCGCACGGGAGAAGCACAGCGGACGUCAGGUUGCGGUGAAGAUGAUGGACCUGAGGAAGCAACAGAGGAGAGAACUGCUCUUCAAUGAAGUGGUUAUCAUGCGAGACUACAGGCAUAAAAACGUGGUAGAGAUGUACAAGAGUGCCCUGGUGGGUGAAGAGCUCUGGGUCAUCAUGGAAUACCUGCAGGGCGGCGCUCUUACCAACAUCGUCUCAGAAACCAGACUAACAGAGGAGCAGAUCGCUACGGUGUGUGAAUCCGUGCUGCAGGCGCUCUGUUAUCUUCAUGCUCAGGGCGUCAUUCACAGAGACAUCAAGAGUGACUCCAUUUUACUGACACUAGAUGGCAGGGUCAAACUAUCCGACUUCGGAUUCUGCGCUCAGAUCAGCAAAGACAUUCCCAAGAGGAAGUCGUUAGUGGGAACUCCAUAUUGGAUGGCUCCUGAAGUGGUUUCCAAGACGCCGUACGGCACUGAGGUGGAUGUGUGGUCUCUGGGAAUCAUGGUGGUGGAGAUGGUUGAUGGAGAACCUCCAUACUUCAGCGAGACCCCGAUCGCAGCGAUGAAGAGACUACGGGACGAGCCGGCGCCUACUGCCAGAAACGCCAGCAAGAUCUCUCCUGUCCUGAGGGACUUCUUGGACUCGAUGUUGACCCGCGACCCCGUGCAGAGAGCCAAUGCCGGCGAUCUCCUCCAGCACCCCUUCAUGCUGCAGUGCGCGUCUCCCCGCUGUCUGGUCCCUCUGGUGGAGCAGUACCGCAAACGCAUGUCCCGCUGCUGAGCACAGCCUCCGUCUCUCCCGCACUGACGGAGCUUCCUGUACGCACUUUUGUGACUGCCAGAGUUCUGUAGCUUCGUGUUUCCCUGAACUGUUUACAUUCCCACUGGAGACCAACACGAAACAUUCGGUCAGCAUUUAUCCAAUUCCAAAUUGCGCUUCAUUCUAUUGCAUUGGACCUUAGUCAGGUUAGACGAAAAUGAACUUAAACGUCAUUUCGAACAAAAUCAACAGCUUCAAAACAGCUUGCCGAAGUGAACUUUCCAGAAAAGUUCGAACACCUUCGAACUGUCAUUGGUCCAUGGUGAUGAUGUAAUAGGUGGGUGUGGCUCUGAGGCUCCGCCCUCCUCAAAAUCAGUUCGUCAACUUAAAUAUGAUGCCACUUUGAUUAAGGUCUACUGCACAAUUUGUGCAUUAGAAUGAAUUUUGGAAAACAAUUUGUCACAAUCUUUUCUAGUCACAAAACAUUGUGCAUUUGCUGGUUAUUAAAUGCAUCUGCUGAAUCGUUCACAAUGAGAUCAAAAUCAUGCAAUCUUUGAUUUUAAAAUGUAACUUUUAUUGCUGUACAGUAAGAUAAAUGUGCCUAUAAAACUGAACCCUUAUUUUCAGACACUGAAUGUUUUUUUUUUUUUUUUCUUCCAAGAUGUAAAAGGACAAUAAAUGACUUUUAUAAUUCAGCACAUCUUGCGAAUA